UGAUCGUUUAUCUCUGGAACCCGCAGGUUGAGCUGUUCAGCUAGGACGGAAAACCCAGAGUUAAACCUCAAGUCACCACGAGAGUUUUGCAAAUCCGGGCUGGGUGGUGCAGGGGUAAAGUGGCUUCAGAAGAGGGCAGUAGAGCAACAUCCAGGAAGCAAGCUGCUGGUCUGCCGCCAAAACCCAAAGAAGACGAAGAAGAAGAAGAAGAAGAAGAGGUGUCUUUCAGGUAGACGUCUGUUUCGCCUGGGUCCAUGCUGUACGCGGUUGAGAAAGCACUUCUUUUUUUCCAGAACCAGCACCUCGUCCCGUGAGGGAAUCCACUCCUGAAGCGCAUUUUGCAGUUAGUUUUUUUCUGGUAGCACGGUGACGAAUUGUAAGAUUUCUCAAGGGCAGUGUCCCUGCGGUCGAUCUGUCACAAUGAUCACCAGAAGAAGAGGCCGUGCUGUCAACAACAAAGAGUCUCUGGAGGUUGAAGUGGUGGAUGCAGUGGAAACUGUAGAGGACCUCCCAAGUCCAUCUGAGGGCUUCUCAGCUGACGAUAUUGAGACGGGUGGAGUAGAGCUAGAUGACUUGUUUGGAAUCGAAGACUUAAAAUGGACAUUGGGAAGAGAGACUGUGUCUCCACUCUUCGAUAUGGAGUUCGCUGAUCUUGGCAUGUACUGUCCCAGGGACCAUGAUUCUGGAUUAGAAGCUUCAACGUCCUCAUCUCCAGAUAGAAUGACAUCUGACACGAAGCCCAAGAACAGACAGAACCAGUCAAUGCACAUGAUCAACAAAAAUGCUAUUGCUGCCAGAUUGAACCGCCUCAAGAAGAAAGAAUACGUCAACACCCUGGAGAAGAAAGUUGGCGGCCUGUCGACAGAAAACAACAUGCUCAAACAGGAAAAUUCUCAGCUGACCAAGAGAGUGGAAGAAUUGGAAGAUGAGACCAGGUACCUGAGAGCUGUGCUGGCCAAUGAGAGCAUGUUAUCCCAGCUCUUGUCCAGGCUGAGUGGUGUGAAUGGGAUGAAAUUAUCUUCCUCGCUUUUCCAGGGGCCCAACUCAAACGACCACGACUACGCCUUACCCAGGAAGCGUGUCAAAGUGGAGGAGAAAGAGACAUCUGGUGGCAUAUGUCUGCACGUGGACAAGAACCACGUCUCAGUGGAGUUCUGCACCAAGUGUGCAGAGAGUGCAAGCACAUCGCUCAAAAUGUAGGGUCAAGUACUAAUCUCUGUUUUCAGAUAUUGAGACUGAACUUGAUAUGGCUCAGUGUACUGAACUUUUUGAAGGUGGAUGAACACUGAAUUAGUUAAUAUUACCUAAGAACUGCUGAAUGUGCAUGUGUUUUUUGUGUGAUGAUGGAUUAAGUACACGUUACUGCUAAACCUUGUUGACAGUUUCUUCUAGGUAAUGGUUGAUCCACCAUGCGGGAUGAGUGGCUUUCUGAACACCUUAACCAGCUUGACUCCAUGUGGAUUCUGCUGGUGGAAGGCGAAGAGGCUGGACAAGCUGCUGCCAACGUGGCCUGGUAUUUUUUUAAAGGUAGUAUCGGUAACAAACGGUAUAAGUGAUUUUUUUUUUUUUACCAAAACUCCACAACAUCAGUAGCUUUAGGUCCAGUCAGUGCAGCUCAUGCAGCACUUUUGGAGGCUGACUGCAGCCGCAAUGCUACCAGAAGCUUACUAGUCUCACAAUGUCUUGUAUAUAUUUCUAUAUUGUAAUGUAUUCAAUACAUACAUUUUGGAUAAUUGUGAUAAAAUGUAAAUGUGUAUAUAACUUUGAAUAUAUAUUGUUUGAAGUAAAUGUCCUUUGAGAAAUGUUGGACAAAUAAAUCAUAUUUUCAUUAA